AUGGAUACAAAAUUAGUGUCACUUCUUAGUAUCGUCUUAUCGGCAAUAUGUAGAGCGGAUACAGACAUCCCAUGUAACCAAAGAAUAAACGAUGGUUACCCCAAUCAUAUAGUGUGUGUUUGUAAUGCAACAUAUUGCGACACCAUAAGCAGAAUUGAACCAAAACCUGGGACAUACAUCACGUACACUUCUUCUCAGGCAGGCUCCAGAUAUCUAAAAGGAAUCGGGCGCAUCGCGAAGGCAAUUAAAACAAAUGAUGGAACUUACGAGAAAGUGUUCGAAAUCAAUCCAAAUAAACAGUACCAGACUAUCUUUGGAUUUGGAGGAGCAGUUACAGAUGCGACGGCAAUCAACUUUAAGGUUUUACCGGAAGGAGCCCAAAAUAAUUGGUUGGAUUCCUACUUCAGCGAAGACGGGAUCAAAUAUAAUAUGUUACGUAUCCCGAUUGCCUCGUCAGAUUUUUCCGAAACACCAUAUUAUUACAAUGAAUAUCCGGAAAACGAUGAAGACCUUACAAACUUCACCUACACGCCACAGGACAUAAAUUAUAAGAUACCACUGUUAUUGGGUGCCAUGGAAACCGCUAGUGAGGAAGUGUGGGCGUUAGCCUCAACCUGGUCUCCUCCAAAGUGGAUGAAGAUAGUAGAUGAAAUAACUGCAACGAGCAGACUGAAGAUUGAAUACUAUCAGACCUUUGCUGAUUAUCAUUGCAACUUUAUCCGAUUAUACGAGGCUGCUGGAGUGCCUAUUUGGGGGGUCACCACAUCAAAUGAACCUAUUGACGGUUCAAUGGUAUCUGUUCCGUUCGGACCACAAAACACUCUUGGAUGGACAGCAUUUAGCAUGAUGAAAUGGCUGAAGAAUAACUUCGGUCCUACCAUGAAAAGCUGCAACGGAAAGUCUAGAAUAAUCCUAGCGACCGAUGAUCAAAGAUAUAUGCUGCCGCUGUGGGCUGAUGUGAUAGUUGCUCAGGAAGAAGUAUCUCAGUAUGUCGAUGGCUACGCACUUCACGCCUACGCAGAUCAGUCUACACCCGGCGAUAUAGUCGAGUCCAAUUUGAAGAAAUCUCCUACUAAAUUCGUGCUUGGAACUGAAUUUUGCCAUAGUACUGGGAGCGGUCCAAAGGUUGAUCUUGGUAGUUGGGAUCGAGGAGAAUUAUACGCUGUAACUAUUCUUGAUAAUCUUGUAAAUAACUAUGUCGGUUUCAUUGAUUGGAACAUGAUUUUGGACCUACAAGGUGGUCCAAACUGGUCAGAAAAUUAUGUUGACUCACCGACCAUAGUGAAUGCUACCAGUGGGGAAUUCUACAAGCAACCUAUGUUUUACGUCAUGGGUCAUUUUUCCAAGUGGGUCCCACGGGGUUCCAAACGAAUUAGUACUGUGCGACGGAGUCCUGUUAAAUAUACCCCGGAUAAAAAUAAUAUAUACGACAAAAGUCCGGAAAGAAAAGACAUCUAUGACCACGUAGCGUUUUUGACUCCAAAGAACACUAUCGUUGUGAUAAUUGCCAAUUACUACGAUGCUCAAACUGCGGCUCUGUUGAUCGGAUCCAAGCAAGUCACCGUUUUUCUUGAAGCUCACUCAGUCGUUACGGUGGAAUUUAAUAACCCCAUAAGAUCACCCUAA